UUUUAUGGAAAAGUCUCAUCUAGUCAGACACGAGAGAAUUCAUUUGGAAGAGAAACCUUUCAAAUGUUCUAGCUGUGAUUACGCCAGUUCCAGAAGGGAUAAGUUGAAAGAGCAUUUUACCAGGCAUCAUGGAGAAAAUGCUUCAGCAAAGGUACCAUAUAAGGCUAGACCUUUAAGAAAUGGAUCUAGUUCAUCUUCAUCAUCCAGGCCUAAGUCACAGUCAGGUCCAGAGAGUGGUCCAGCCGCCACUUCAAAUUCCAACUCGACAAACAACAACCCAGUUAACUUUUCCCAAUCCAGUUCCGGAACUACGACCACAUCUAGCAACGUAAACCAACCAAUGGGCGGUCCAGAAAUUCAAGAGUUGCUAAUGCAUCAUCAAAAUCAUCCCACCCCAGCUGCUAUAAACGCAGCUGCUUACCCGCACCAUUUCGCGGAGCACGCCGCUGACUUUCAUCACGCCCAUACCCACGCCCACAACAUUCAUAACCAAUUGCUGGCCUCGUCGGCGGCCGCAGCCGCGGCUACGCAUACUCCCCGGGCUGGCGGGAGUUCGACAGGGCAUAACAAUAGUCACGUGAUGCUGGCCAGGUCCAAUCAUUCCACUGCUACGUCUACGGCGGCCGCAGUAGCGGCGGCAAUGAUGUUGGAUCCUCGUUUUCAUCACAACACUGCGGCCCCUUACCACCCCUCUACUACCCCAGUUUCUAUGGCAAUGGCGGCCGUACAGUCCUCUCAACAAAUCCAAGCGUCCGGCCCUGCCGGGGAGUACCCGCCGAGUUUGCAGAACUGUAUGACAUUAUUUUAAUACUUCGCCUAGAUAUAUCUGUCGAUGGAAAACGUCUGUUAUAUGUUUCAUCAAUUUGAACAUAAUUCCUAUUAUAACCACUUGUAAUGCAGUACCUUGAAUCGUCUAAUCUGUAAUUUUUCAAACGUUGUAAAAUUUGGAUUUGUGAAAAUUAGAUUUUAGGGUAAAUACAGGAAAUAAACUGUUUGAUA